AAAGUAGAUGUUUCGAAGAGCGUCUCAGAGAGUGAGUUAUAGAAGAAAGCAGUAGUAGACUGGUGACCUCUUAUGCGAGAACGUUGGUUUGAGUUUGCCGUCGGCGUGUUGAAGUUUUAGUACAGCUAGUUAUUGGAUCGCGUGAAUAUAUUCUAUUAUUUAUCGUUUCGAACGAUAACGCAAAUAGACAAAAGGAGGUGCUCUAGCUGCUGCUUUCAGUACAGAACGGAACGUUUCCUCGUUCCUAUUGUUUUCCCUUUUCCAUUAUUCUCUCGUUGGUUUUGUGUUCUAUUUUUUAGUUUUUUUUUGUUCACAUUUCUUGUUUUGAGUGAGUGAAGUGAAUUUUUAAUCUGCAAAUAAAAAAAAGACUAAUCACACUUGGCUGUAAUUUAUUUAGAUCUAUGCAGCAAAAAAAAGCUAUAAAUCAGCAGGAAUCAUUUAUUAAUUCUUCGAUUACAAGCUGAUGAAGAAGAAACGAAUAAAAUCAAACAGAACCAAGAAAAUGACAUAAGACGACAUGGAAGAAACUUUAGAUGUUACAAUCCUACUUUCUUCUUUAAAGAAAGUUAUCGAAACCAACGAUAAAAUCAAUUCAGAUAUAUUAAAAAACACCCUAACAAAAAUCACGUUUAAAAGCGAUAAAAUUUCUUUCGAUCAACUAAACGAAAUCAAGCGAGAUCUUGAAGAUAUUUUCAAAACCGCCGAAAGUUUCGUCGCUUCAUUAAGGGUAAUAAAUAAAGAGGAAAACGAAGAAGAGGAAAUUAUCCUGGAAGCACCCGAAGAGUUUAGAAACGGAAACGAACCGAAACGAUCUGAAACGUACCGUGAAGAAGGCAACAACGACCAACGGCAACCGGAAGUCACAUUAUUAUACACCCAAGAGGAAGUAUCCUGUGAGAACCAAACACAAAAUACGUUUACAAACGAUAACGUAACACAAAAAGAAUCGGGCGAUAAAGAUGAAAAUGUUUCAAAUGAAAGGUAUCGAAAUGAUAAAAAUAAUGAUAAGAUAACGAGAGAUGGUUGUGUUAUUAGCAGUGUUGAUAAAGUAGGCGUAGUGGCAAAACCUGAUUGCUACUACCGCCUCAACGAGUUGUUGUUGCGACCUUCGCCAAUCCAUCAGUACGUUCUAAGCGGUAGUCGUUCUACGAAUAUUGUUAGUAUCGAAACGAACGAGGACGAAACAGGUGUCGCGAACUGUGCAAGAAAUAAUAGUGAAUUUAAUAAUUUUAAUCAAAAGGAAUGUACAGAAGAAGAGGCUCUUAAAGAUAUUGAAAUGAGUAGAAUAAGUAGUAAUGAAGAUAUUUUGGAAGAAAAGAAAUCUGUUAAGUGUGAUAUGACAGAUGUUGAGCUUCCCCCACCAUUAAAUGUAUUAAUACAAGAAUCAUUUUUGAAUCCUUUUUCAUCGGAGAGCAAGGUUGAAGAAAUUAAAGCUACAGAAUCUAAAAGUGUUGAACUUCCCCCACCUUUAGAUUUGGUGACUCAAGAAUCGUUUUUGAGCCCUUCGAAAACGGAAGUUAAUGGGAUGAGUGUAGAUGAUUUUUUGAAGGAAAACGGAAGGAAAUUUAGAGAGUAUGAAAGCACAGGUGUUGAGCUUCCCCCACCACUAGAUUUAUUAAUUCAAGAAACAUAUUUGCAUCCGCUUUGUUUGGAAAGAAAUGGUUUAGAGGGGGAACCUAAUAAAUCACUUUUAGAUCUGAUUAAUUUAAAAAUUGAUGAGUGCAAUCUUGGUGCAAUUUUAGAAAAUGAUUUAAAUGUAUUAGAUGAAUUAAAUUUAGAAACAAUUAGGGUCGAUAAUAAUGAGACUGAAAAUGAAGAAAUAUUAAUAAAUAAUAUGAGUAGUACUAUAAUCGAGGAAACUAGUUUAUUAGAAAAUUUAGACGUUUUAAAUCAAGAUGAAAAUGAGAAAUUUACCGAAAUAAAUGAUAAUUGUAAUCAAUGUGGCAACGAAAAAAGAUUUUUUGAUAUUGAAGGCAAUGAAAUUUAUUUUAAUGUUCUACAAGAAAAAAAUUUAAGCAUGGAAGAUUCGAUUUUAGAUAAAAAUGAUUCAUUAAGUGAAGAAUUACCAACAAAUUGUGAUGGAAAUGUUAAGGACGAAGAUAACAUUCCCAUUAAAAUUACCACGGAAACAACAAAAUCCCCGAGAAUUUUCGAUUUACCCAUUAUAGGUAACCACAACUACUCGAACUCGAUUAUCUCAAAAAUUGCACUGGAACAAUCCCAAAAUAAACUCGAUGAACUAUUAAAAAUGCCCAAAAACAACCGAAAAGAUAAAAAGAACAAUUUGAAUAACUUGAAUAACAACAACUCAUCUGACGCAUUAAAUUUAAAGCAAAAUCAAGAAAAUCAAAACGAAUAUUUAAACGAAGAAAAGAUUGCCGAUGCUAAAGAAGACAUUGUAAAUAUUGAAAAAAUUAAUAAAUGUAUAAAUUUAGAUGAUACAAUUACUAAAUUAAACCUGGAGAUGCAAAGGAGCGCAGAGAUCGACGAAUCACUCCAGUUGAAGGAGGAGGGGGACGCCUGCGAUGCCCAGCGAUCGAUUGACGCCGCCGCCUCCACUUGCGUCCGUUGCGCACACGCGGACCAGUGCAGUUGCCUUCCUGCCACCGAGGAAGAUCGCGCUCCAAGACAACACAACAAUCGUUUACAUCGCGAUCAUAAUUUAAGUGAAACAAAAUCAGAAGAACACAACAACUUAACUUGGUCCUUUAAAAAUGGUCGUUUAGUCUUCGAAGAUGUCGUCGCCGACGACGAAGAAACAUCCGGACCAAGCAUAUUAACAAGCAAAAACGUUAAUCCAAAGAAUAAUAACGAAAAAGGUCGUUUAAAGAUUUUAGAAGAAAAAUUAAAAGAGGCCGGGAUAACAGAUGGAAAAAACGAAUUAAUUUGUUUGAAAGGGGACAAAGAAGAAGACAUAGGGAAUAGUAUCGUCACAUCUUCUUCAUCAGAUGAAGAGGAAGAUUUUUUUCCAUCUGAUUCCGAGGACGUAACGUUUUGCGAAUUUAAUUCGCAAAAGCCGAUUAUAUUUUUUUAUAACGAAAAUGACGAGUUAGAGGAGGAAGAUUACGAAGAAAUUUUCAUAAUGAGAGGUGAUAAUGGCCAUCAAAACGCGGAGCAACAACAACAACGUAAGCUUCAUAAUCCCGAUAAAGAAAAUCUUAAAUCGUUACUUAAGAAACCUGGCGGAAAAAAUACCAAAGAACAUCAACAAACACAAUCGACAACGAAAAAGAAUCGCGUUGUUUUUAACGAAACGAAAAAUGAAUUCUUCGAUGCCGAUUAUAUCAUUUUGAUCCGUGAAGAAUGUGAAUACGACGAGGAGGAAGAUGAUGGUGUUUGUACGUGUAAUCAACACGAAAUGGUUCGGUUAACGUGUUGCGAACCAAAUUGUAAUUGCAACGUAUACGGAGAUGGUUAUGACACUACACCGCCAAGUCCUAAAUUUGCACCACCUUUGGAGUUUGUGGACGCGGUUACUUUGAGUCCACCGGAAGAAUACAAAGAUAUGGAAUUGGAAGAACAACAAUUAAUUGCUUUGCAACAACAAAUUGCACUUAGGGGACAAAGAGGAGCUGUUUGUAGAGAAUGUAGUGCUUCGCAUGACGAUGAUGGAGAAUCAUUAUCGGAUAACGAAGAAAUCGUUGAAACACCAUCAGAUGAACAAAUACGGGAUGUUGAAGGAAAAGAGAAAACCGAUCAGAGCCAACAAACCACCCCUACAACGCCUCCUGCAGAAGAAAUAAAUGAUGAAGGUCAACGUUAUAUUUUAGAAACGGUAACAAUGACGACUGUUAGUGAACGUCAAAUUAUGAAAGAGGCCGAAGAAAAAUCACAAAGUCCUUCACCUGCUCCUUCUAUAACACCUAGUGUACCUCCUAGUGGAUCUCCUAUUAGCGGAAUUUUAAAAGGGGGUCGUUUAUGGAAACAAACAAGUACUGAAAAUAAUACAAUAACUAAUUUAAAUAAAAACCAAGAUUUACACCAGUCUGAAAACAUAACAUCAGAUGACGAAGGAACAAACAAACGCUCUGUACGUUUUAUCGAAUCUAAAGAAAAUCAAACAACACCGAAACAAAGGGACGUUUGCGAUGGCGCGCCAGAUGUUCAAGUUCAAGAAGAAAUCGCUCAUCAGAAACCGGACGAAACUAAAGAAAGUUCUGUAAUUAGUCAAAAUCCGAACGAAUCGACGGAAAUGAUGCUCACUUUUAAGCUCGGUAAUCACGUUUUAAUUUCGAAUAACAGUUUAAAACCGAAUUCAGCAGUUCGGCAAUUAUUUCCGUGCACAAAACCGCCAGGAAAAGUCGAAGAAACGGUAAAUAAUCAAUAUUUGGUUACUGCGGAAUCUUUGAAGGCAUUCGAAGAAGCAAAACGAUCGAAAUUACCCCAAAUUAUUCAAAGUGGGGAUACCGACGAAUCAAUUAGACGAGCUAUUGAACGUAACACUUUACGGAGAUCGUUAAUUCGUGGUGAUCCAAAAAAUAAAAAAUUAACUCAAAAAACCGAUAAUUCCCUCGUAGAAAGAAUAAAACAACUAACCUGUGAUGUAGAUGAUAGCGAAAUAGUCACUAAUGUUGUAGAUGAACUUCAACAACAACAAAGAGCUAGUCCUCCAGGUGAAGAAGCACGAAAUUCACCGGAAGUAAACGCAAAUAAACACAUGGGUCAUGUUGAUAAGAGUUUUUCCCCCUCAUCAUCAUCAACUGCAAGUUCAAAUUCUUCAAUGUCUUCGACUUAUAAAAAAAUUACCGACUUAUUUUCAAAAACUAAACCAGAUAUUCAAAAUAUCGAUACGAAAUUGCAUUUAACAGCGCCGGAUUUAGGAAAUGGAACGAGAAACGAAGAGUUUGUACAAGAUACGAAUUCAUUGAAAAUAAAUCCAGCGACGGAAUCUAGAAAACAAUUUUUAUCAACUUUGGUUCCUUUAACAGCUUGCGUUUCCGGAAUUGGUUUGAAUGAAGAUUAUUAUCAUAUUAAUAACGGACCGGAAGUUAUCGGGGAUAGAACGUCGAUGGCGAGUUCCGUUGGAACCGAAUAUAGCUUAGAAGAUAUCGACGAAGUUUUAAGAAAAGAUGAAGAAGAAAGUUGUAAAAAAAUAGCACCCGAUGUUAUUGCUGGAACUCCAUCUGCAUCCGAAUCCGGUGAUGAAUUAGCAAUGUUUGUUCAACAAGACGCAGGAAGAAUUGAAAGAAUUAAAAAGAAAUAUCAACCAGAAACUACAGAAGAAGAUGACGAACAUGAUGAUUACGGUUUUAAUCGGCGACCGAGUGUACGCGGAAUUAAACCAAGAUUUGGGUCAACAACUGAAAUUCUUCAACAAAUUCAAAAUCAAAUGCAACCACCAAAUAACACACCACCAAGAAAUCAAAAUCAACAAGUAAUUUGGCCGUAUUAUUCGGAAGCAAAUGUUGAAAUGAAAAGAAAUCCGCAAGUUAAUUAUCCCAUUUAUCCAAAUCAAAUAAAUAAUGAUGAUAAACGUGCUGCGGCCUAUGUACAAUAUUCAACUCCAUCUAGACCAUCUAGUUACAUCGAAGAAAAUUUAUAUCAAAAUUGCACAAAUCAGCGUUGUACACAAAUAAAUUAUCGUAAUAUGAACGUAGUUUAUCCCUCAUCAGUUGUUCGAAUUGGAAGAAAUUCACGACCUUUAUCUCCCCCACCACAAGAAGUAUCAAAAAAUUAUCAUCAAACUAUGGUUUAUAUUCCUUAUAAUCACAUAGAAGGUUAUCAGCAUAAUUAUUAUAACACUCCAAAAGAAUGUUACGCUCGCGUUUCAAAUCAAAACCAAAUCAAUAAGCGUUACAUUGAAGCGUACCGAGUUGAAGAUCAUUAUUCAAAACCUAUUUUGCGGCAACAACAAGUUGUUUAUCAACAAAGAAGUGAAAGUCCUCAAUUUCAUCAAUCAACCGCUCGAUCAACUCAAACGCCCUCUGUCGUUUCAUCAUCAAAUUAUUCGAUUUAUCCGCAAAGAUACGCGACCAGACCUUUACCAUCAAACGGUAUGGUGUAUCAAGACGGAGGGGUUUAUCCGAAAAUUAAUCGGCAUAGUUAUCCGAGAUAUCCCCCUUCUUCCGAUAGUUUAUCGUUGACAGAUUCGGACAGUCAACAUUCAAAAUGUUCUAUGCCGAAUUCUCCGACGAAAACGAAUUCCACUCGGUUCACUGAAAGGGGUGUACCUGAAGGUGCCGCGAGCGUUAGUCCUCAGGAUUGCGGCCAAAUGAAUAAUUCUUCUACAAUGACAUCUCCGACGUCGCCUCAAAAUCCGCAAAAACCGAUGUUUUAUGCUAUGAACGUUUGACCGGAGGAAUAGUUAAUAAAUAUCAAGGUUAAAAUUCAAUAUGGAGUACCCAAGUUGAGCGAUUAACAAAAAUGGAUAAAAUUUGAUUUGAUUAGGCGUGAUUAAGGAGUGGGGUUUAAUUUAAUUUGUUUCGGUUGGUUUUUGGAUUUGUAAUCGAGAUUUUAAUUUUUUUUUUGAGUUUAAGAAACCAACCUCUUAAGUUAAUUGGGUUAAUCAUUUCUGAGUACUCUCAAAAUGUUAUUUUGUUUUUUAUUUACUUUAAUUAAUUCCUAUCUGUGAUAAUUUAUCAUAAAUUCAUUAAGAUCGCUGUAAUUUAAGUAAAUUAUUAAUUAUUGUUGUAAAACCUUAGGAAGUAGGAAAAUGUUUCAGGACGACAAAAAAAGGCAGAACACUUAGGAUUUUAAAUAUAAAAAAAUAAUAAAUGCAAUGGAUGAAGAAUUAAUCAGUAUUGUAAAAGACAAGCUCUCGUCGAUAAUAAUUAAAAAAGAACGACUAAUUAAUAUUAUUAUUGUUAAAAAAAAGCUAUAUUAUAAAUAAGUAUCUAU